UCGCUCCAAUGAGGGAGUCGCUUUGUGCUCUGCGCCGAGGGAGGAAAGGAGGGGGAGACACUCUCUGAUCGACUGCAGCAGCGCUGAAUCCAUCAACAGGACGGGAAUUCAAACAGGACUCCGGGCGGGCGGGAUUCAUCACCUGCGGAGAGAGGAUUCCCCCUGGGAAAGCUCUUUUUGUUUUAUUAGUUAUUUAUUUUUCCUGUUGACACAGUUAACGUGCAGGGACACCCUCUGUGUUUUGUUUUUGGGUUUUUUUGUGUGAGGAAAAGAGCCGCGCAGUUUUGUCCUUCCUGGGGUCGGGACGGGUCGGAGCUCGGCGCGGCGGCGAUGGAACGCGUUCCCACCGGAAGGUGCCUCACGGAGCCGUGCGGCGCUCACGCACCGGGACUGUUGUAGUGUUUCUGGACAUAUCCGCUUAGUUUCUGUUCAGUAUUCACUGUGCAGGAGGGAAGGGAGCCCGGGAUGCCCGUAAGGAACAGGUACAACCUGGUGGACGAUGUGGCGGACUCGCGGCUGCCGCUGCACAACGAGGAAGCUUAUCAGCACGGGAUAUACUUCCAAGCCAAGUACGUGGGAAGUCUUGACGUGCCCAGGCCCAACAGUCGGAUGGAGAUUGUGGCUGCUAUGAGGAGAAUCAGGUAUGAAUUCAAAGCGAAGAACAUCAAGAAGAAGAAGGUCAGCAUCGUGGUGUCUGUGGAUGGAGUCAAGGUAGCACUAAGGAAAAAACAGAAGAGAAAAGAAUGGACAUGGGAUGAGAGCAAGAUGUUGAUCAUGCAUGAUCCAAUAUACAGAAUUUUCUACGUAUCUCAUGACUCCCAGGACUUGAAGAUCUUCAGCUACAUUGCAAGAGAUGGCCCCAGUAAUUCAUUCAGAUGUAAUGUCUUCAAAUCUAAAAAGAAGACUCAGGCCAUGCGUAUUGUGCGAACGGUGGGUCAGGCAUUUGAGGUUUGCCAUAAGCUGAGUUUGCAGCAUGCUGAGCAGGAUGCUGAUGGACAGGCAGACGGAGAGCGCAACAAGUCAACAGAGGAGCCCAGCAGCCACGCUCGUAAACUCACAGAAACUGACCAAGACGAAGAAGAUGAGAACACACACGAAAGAAGGCGUGGAGGAGGAGAAGAAGGAGAUCCUCCAGUCGGUGGUUCACUGUGCGAGAAAGCAGUCAAUGAGGUCCUGCAGAGCCUGGCCGACCUGAACGUGGUCAAACCAGGCCAGACGAUCACGGACAUUGAUCGAAGGUCCGUCUUCACUGUGACAUCCCGAGGCAUCACUCCCAGCAGCCCUUGCUCUUCGUCUCUCACUCCACUGGCUUCUCAGCACUACCUGCAGCUCCUUCAGCAGCAACUGCAGCAGCAACAGCAGCACACGCAGGUGGCUGUCGCACAGGUGCAGCUGCUGAAGGACCAGAUGACUGCAGAGACUGCAGCUCGCAUGGAGGCUCAGGCCCGCAUCCACCAACUGCUGCUGCAGAAUAGGGACCUGCUGCAGCACCUGGCACUGCUGGUGCAGCAGCUGAAAGAGAUGGAGGGCCGCUCCCUGAUAAACACGCAAGAUGGACAGUCGCAACUGGACACUCAGGCUAAAGGACAGAAUGCUCCACAGACGGCACACAGUUCAAGUUCAACGUCUGCAAAAUCAUUAUCCCUGAAUCUGAAGAAUCGGUACAAUCAGACCUUAGAUCAGCUCAUCACCUCCAUGCCUGCAUGGCCCCUCUCCCCUAACCAGGUGCACUGUGCUGAGUCCUACCUGAACCUGCUUAACCUGGAGAACAGCAGUAAACCAGCAGCCUCGUUUACAGAGCAGGACCCUGUCAUCAGAGCCAAUGGCACAGUGGAAAGCAAGGAGAGCUCUAACAGUGAAAUCGUGCAGUUCACAUCUAGAAACCCUGCCAACACGGAUGAAAGGUAUAAACAAAUAAUACCCAAACUUGACCCUCCUCCACCUUCCACAAACCGUAAGAGAUCCAGCAGAACGUUCUCUCCAGGAUCAGAGGUCCCAGCUGUGUUCAUGCCUACAUCCCCAAACUGCAGCAGCAGCCUCUCCUUCCAGGACAUCACCCCCAACUCCUUGUCGUCCGCUAAUUUCCACUCGCUCAGCAAUGGUGAGAGCAGCUCCUCCUCAUCUUCGGCCAGCGAGGACUCAGGCGUCCGCUCGGAGACCAAGUCCCUGCUGUCGCCCCUGCGUGAUGACGAUGACCUGUUUACCGACCGCGGGACAUUUUUGACAGCAUCCAGCAGCUGUGGAAGUCCCUUGGAGGAGCACGGCGAAGCAGUCACCUCAUCCUCUGAGUCGUCAACUACAGAAUCUAUCACCAUGGCCUCACGUUCUGACAGCUGCGAUCAGCCUCUCUGCUUCUUGUCUCCAAUGAAUGACACUUGCCUUCAUAUCAGUUUUUCUGAGGACGAGUCUCUGGAAAUCCACCAAGAAGACACCAGUAUGACCCAGCAGAGUUAGGAGGACUUAAAUGUUCUUCAAUCAACAUAGAAAAUCCAGGACUUGCUUUCAGACCCUACACAGAGCAUCCAUUUCAGGAUCUUAAAUCGUUCUACUCACCUGUGACACAGUUCACGUGUUACUAUGCUUGCUGUUGUAUCAGUAAUUAGCCAAUGAAUAGAUUUAGUAUUUUUGUAAUUAAAUUGCUGAUCUAAGUUACUUAUUAGGGCCUAGAAUGUUAAGCAGAGUACAUGUAGCAAAAUGUUGCACUGUUGAAGUCUUUCUGAAUUCACUGUAGAAUUCAAAACUAACAAAGGAGGACACAUUUUAUUUUUGCUAGCUGUCAACAUCGAACCAUUAUUUUGUAUGAUGUUUCACUUUGGUGCAAAUAAUUGUGGAAGGAAGAUGUUUUGCAAAACUCAGAAAGUAGUAACAGGAGAAGGGGAGCAAGGAGAUGGAGGUGAUGCUGGGAAAAGCCUCAGCUUCUGCAAAGCACCUGGUAGGAUGAUGGGUGGGAAGAAAGGAAAGGGGAAGUCAGUGAAGGGACAGAGGAGAGAUAAAAGUCUGUCAGUUUAGUUGUGUUUGUUCUUGGGUAACCGGUUAGGCUUGCAUUUUUGUUGUUGUCAAAAGCAAGUGGGAUUUGGUUAAGUUGAGUCUAGACAUGUGCCAGUAUGAAACUCUCAUGUUAUGAUAAACUCGAGUGAAAUUCCACAAUCACAUAACAUUUAGCCAAUAAUUUAAAACAAAAAGGCAGAAUAUGAUCUAAAUGGUUUUAUAUUAAACAGAAAGCAAAUAAUAGCAGCGUAACAAUAUGUCUAGCUCAAGAAAGAAGACAAUACAUGUUAUCGACACUAUGUGGAACAAUAUUUUUGAGAAAACCAAAAAUUGCCAUUUUUUUGUUGUUGCAAAUAGCAAUGAUAUCCCAAAAAAAUCAAAAAUGAUCCUCAAAAUAGUUUCAUUAACUGUUCUACAGAAUCUAAAAUUAAAAAUGUAUAAAAGACAUUUCAUUUAGCUAACUAAGCAAUGUUACCUGAAAUGCUCCCAGAUACAUGAUUUAAAAGUGAUGGAGGCUUCUGUGUUGCCAGAGCAACAACUGAAUAACUACUUCCUUUCAUACUUCAAAAAGAUUCAGAGAUUAAAGAGCUUAAAGCUCUCUUCUUUAUAUCUGGAGCUCAUUGGAAUAGCUUACAGUUUUUCACCCGAUUAAGUCACAAAAUGACCAAAACUGAAUUGCGCUUUAAAAGUCAUUACACUUUGACUAUAAAUAUUGCGACAUUGUAAUUUUGCGAGAUCUGGUUAUACUUCUUUAAAAACAGCAUAUUGAUUAUUAUAGUUACAGUAAAGAUAUAUAUGACAUUUAUUCAUUCUUAUUUUGAUUUUAACCCACAGACUUGUCUGACAUCUGCCAUUUUCUAUGUGUUUUAAAUCAGUAAAAGGUCAUUAAUUCUGCAUCUUCAAGACACAGUCCUGUUGCAACACAGCCAGGGACAAUGUGGAUAAAAACUCUCUCUAAACUUAGUUGUUUUGAAUUUCUGAUUGAACAGAAUUAGGGAUACACCAAAAUAAUAUGUUGGGCCAAUAACCAAUAUUAUUAUUGCUGUUAUGGCCGAAACCAAUAUUUACAGAUAUUAUAUUUAUUUCCAUACCAUUUUAAUACCUUGAAGUAACGACCACGCAGCUGACUUUGCUUCUCUGCUUCAGUUAAACAUCCCAUAAUCCAGUGCUGCAUCACUGCCACUGUCACAUGGCCAAACAAAUACCACAUGGCAAACCCCAUCCCAAAACAUAUACACAAACCAAAAUGUUAACAAAUGAUUAAUAUGACUAUUACACUUUUAGGCCGUUUUUGUUUUUACAAAAACACAAGUAUAACAAGCUGGUAUCAGCUGCUUAUAAAGUUGGGCUAUCUGCUCUGGUAGCCAGCCAGCUGCUUUAGAGACACACAGUUUAUAGUUCAGAACAGCGUUACUUUAACAUGAGUGAUUGGUGGUGCACUUUGAGCUUCUAUGCCAUGACUGCCCACGUUUCUCAAAAAAUGCCCCGUUUUUCUUUCCUAUAAGCAAAAAUAUGUAGUAGUGUUUUUUCAGCCAGCUGACUGGCAGUAUGCAGCAACAGGUAGAGGAAGGGCAGUACCCCAUACAGCUAGAGAAAACUGUGGUCACUUCGGCACUGCUUGACAUCUCAUUAAAGGGACUUUAAACCUUAAGAACUGUUUCUUGGAAAAUGUUUGUGGUUUUUAUGCUGCAGCUUUUUAAAACUAUGGUAUGCCUCGAUACCAGAAACCAGGUCUGCCUAGAGGUCACUUCAUUUGAAAAAUAUGCGUUUUGUGGUAUUUUUGUUGUAAGGAGAGGAACUUUGGUUUUGAAGAACAGGAAAUAGGCAAAUUCUCGAAAAUCAUUAUAUGAAACUUAUCAGCCUUUUAAUUGUUACAAUUCUAUGAGUUUCAGAUAUUUUUUUAAAAACGUUAUAUUUUCUGGGAGGAAAUCGGUAGAUUACUGAAUGCUGUCAAAAAAAAAUGAAGCAACACAAAUGUUUUGUGUUCUGAAGCUUGAAUUACGCAGCAAUAAGUGUAAUUUCACAUGUAGUACACCUACAUAAAGCUACAACAGUUUUAAAACUGCUAAAACAGUAUUUUAGAUAUAACAUCUCAUAUAUUUUAUAAUGGGAAGUGUAAAAAAAAAUUUAAGUUGUAAAAAUGAGCUCAACACAAAUCUUGUAUUUAGUUUUUUUUAUAGAAAGGGGUUAAAAUUAAGAAACAUCAGCAGACCAGAAAAAAAGUUCAGCAGUUUAAGCCUUCACUUUGCUGCUUUGUUAUUUUUAUGACAUAACUGAAAGUGCACUGUUGCUAACUCUGAUGAGUAGAUGGAGAAAAACCAAAAAACAGGCAAUAAGAGGUGAAGCAUCUGAGGUGUGAUAAGAGGCAAUGGGUGCAAAUGUAAAAUGCCAUGAAGGAAAACAUUUUACACCGAAGGAUGAGGCUUUUCUCAACAUCCCUUUAAGCAAGGAGUUUUACAACACUAACACGUUGCUGGAAAAAAAACAAAAAAAACAAUAAAGGGGUGUAGCUAAAAACUA